CCAAGACUUGAAAUCUGACACCAUCGAAGAACCUUCUCGUUACCUUGCAGGAAGGAUCCUAGAUGCUUCUGAUCUAUGCUUAUAAAUUGCUAUCGCUUCACUUGGCAAAUUACAUGUGCUUGGAAAUUGUCAUGGCUGCUCCUUUGGGGCUCACUGACAUGUCCUACUCUCCUUUCUUCCUUGUAGACCGUCCUUCCAAAGUUCCCGGUGGCGAAUUCGUUCCUGCCGACGUCUCUGAUGACUACAUGCUUGGAGUUUCGCAUUGUGCCAGCCCUAAUGACGGCCUGCUUGAGGACUCGUCGGUCGCCGGUGAUCCCAAAAAGUUGGUUGCUAGUAAUUGUGUCCUAAAUGCGCCAACAACUAGAAUGGUGAUGAAUUGCUGGAAUAAGACGAAGAAAGUGGAUACGAGGGGUAGCAUUGGAUUUAGAACAAAAUCCGAGGUUGACAUCAUAGAUGAUGGCUUCAAAUGGAGGAAGUAUGGGAAGAAGUUUGUGAAGAGCAGCCCAAAUCCAAGGAAUUACUACCGGUGCUCCAAUGAGGGCUGUGCGGUGAAAAAGAGAGUGGAAAGAGACCAGGAAGACUCGCGCUACGUGAUAACAACGUACGAAGGGGUGCACAACCAUGUGAGCCCGGGCACUAUUUGUUGCGAUUUUAGCCCUCGUCACGGCGAAACCUCCGCCCGGGUUUCAUACGGCCAGCUCUGUCCUUUUUUGAGCGAACAGGAUGCAGGCUGCAGCUCACUCUUUUUACUGAGUUGAAGUAGUUUCCUUUAUGCUUUGAUGAGCCCAAGCAAUUCUAAUCCAAAGGAAUGGUUAAUUCCAGGCAGACCUCAGCGAAGGAAAAAAUGGGCAUUUAUGUUGAUUCCCAAUGGUAUACAUGCUUGAUCUUUCCUUGGAAUAAAGUACCCAACAACGGUUUCUUACUCA